UUAAUAUGAUGAUGAUGAUUUGGUUUUGCUUGUUGAUGAGCGUCUUCAUCAACAAAGCUCAUAGCUCUGACGUUAUUGUGCAUUUUUACUGCCGAAAUACAACUUCUUACUCUCCUAACAGCACCUAUAAAGCCAACCUUGAUUCUCUUCUCUCUAAUCUUUCUUCCAGCGCCACCACCCCAGACAAUGGCUUCUACCACGCCACAGUCGGCGGCGGCCGCUCAAACGACACCGUUCACGGCUUGUUCUUGUGCCGGGGCGACGUGUCCAAGGACGAUUGCCGCAAGUGCGUGGGAGAAGCUCGUGAAAUGGUGUUGGAGUUUUGCGACUACGAAAAGACGGCUAUGAUUUGGUUCGAUAACUGCAUGUUGCGAUACUCGGAGAACUCCGUGGUGGGGAUAAUGGACCAAUCCACCUCGUACACGAUGAAGAACGGGGAUAACGAUACUAAUCCAAAUGCGUUCAUGAAGUUGGUGGCCGGAAACAUGUUUGAUGAGAUAGCCACUCAAGCGGCGGCGUCCAAUGGUUCUGGCGGCGGCGGCAAGAAAUUUGCGGUGUUGCAAACUAGUUUUAGCGCCUUAGAGAAGGUGUACGCUCUUGGACAGUGUACGCCGGACCUGUCUGAGGUUGAUUGUCGGAAAUGCCUCAAAAACGUUGUUGCAUUGAUGCCUCGUUGCUGUUUUGGAGCCGUAGGUGCUAGGGCUCUUUUCCCAAGCUGUAACGUUAGGUAUGAGCUCUACCCUUUCUACAAUCUCUCCGCCGUGGCAGCGCCGGCACCGCCGCCUCCUAUACCUCCUCCUCCGGCAACUAUAGUGCUUCCCAAGCCCGCUAGCGGCAAAGGGAGUAAAGGAAAAUCUUCUGCAAAAGUGAUUGCAGCCUCUGUAGUGUCAAUCAUUGGGAUAUUACUCUUCGUUUUAUGCUUCUAUUUCUUGAAAAUGAAAAGAGCAAAGAAGUCCCACUCUGAUGUGAAGGAGACAACUUCUGGCAUGAGUGAAAUUCCAACAGAGGAGUCGGUGCAAUAUGAAUUUAGUACUAUUGAAGCUAUCACAAAUUGCUUCUCUCCUGAUAAUAAGAUUGGUGAAGGUGGAUACGGUGCUGUUUACAAGGGAAGGCUUCCCAACGGGCAAGAGGUAGCGGUUAAGAGGCUAUCUAAGGGUUCAAGACAGGGAGCUGUAGAAUUCAAGAAUGAAGUUGCUUUGGUUGCCAAACUUCAACAUAGAAAUUUAGUUAGGCUGUUGGGGUUUUGCUUGCACAGAGAGGAAAAGAUACUUAUCUAUGAAUUUAUUCCAAAUAAAAGUCUUGACUACUUUUUAUUUGAUUUAGAGAAGAAGCAACUAUUGAAUUGGUCCACUCGUUACAAGAUCAUAGAGGGAAUAGCCCGUGGGCUCCUUUAUCUUCAUGAAGAAUCGCGUCUCAAAAUCAUACAUCGUGAUUUGAAACCAAGCAACGUACUUUUAGACAAAGAUAUGAACUCAAAAAUAUCCGACUUUGGCUUGGCAAGGAUUUUUAUGGUUGAUCAGACUCAAGGAAAUACAAGUAGAGUUAUCGGAACAUAUGGGUACAUGUCUCCCGAAUACGUUGUGCAUGGCUUGUAUUCUGUGAAGUCAGACGUUUACAGUUUCGGAGUUUUACUCUUGGAGAUUAUAACUGGAAAGAAAAAUAGUUCUUUCUCCUGCUCCACGGAAUCAUCAUCAACUGGAGCUCAAGAUCUUAUUAGCUAUGCUUGGAAACAUUGGAGGGAGGACACAACAGUAGACAUGGUGGAUCGAAGUCUUGGAGGUUUAUAUUCAAGGAAUGAAGUGAUCCAAUGUAUCCAUGUUGGUUUGUUGUGUGUUCAAGAAAAUGUGGAUGAAAGGCCAACAAUGGCGAAUGUUGUGUUGAUGCUACAUAGUCAUUCUGCUACAAGGAGGGCACCUAAUCCGCCUGCUACAUUUUCCGAUGAGAUGACGAUUUCGGCAGGACAGGAAGCGGACCAGUCAACCAACAAGUCACCGCCAUUGUCGUCGGUGAACGAAGUUUCCAUAUCAGACCUCUAUCCAAGAUAGUUCCGGAACUUAACAGUGGAAGUUUUCCUAUUAUUGGACCUAGGGUUCUACGUACAUUGUAACGUAUAUCAUGAAUAAAUGUUCGUUUUAAUAUAUUGAAGGUUCAUUAUU